ACACGGUGGAGCUGACUGCUGGACUGGACUCUGAACUACCCACAAGGCAGUAGUUUCCUAGUUUAUCCUCCAGCCUGCGUGUGAAGGAGUGAGGAAGCCGGUCACAUUGUCCCAAAAAAGCUCUAUAUAUGGGAUGAGAGGGAGGAAGUUGGAUUCCUCAAUAGGGCAUCCACCCAGUGACUCAAGAAACCUGCUCAGAAGGCUGGCCGGGUUGAAACUGUUCAGAGAGAUCUUCACUUCAGAUCAGAAAUUCCUCCAGAAGACAACCUCACCUGACCUGACUGGGACCAGCAACAAUACAGCCAUGUCUUUGCGGAUCCAUGUGCUGGCCUGCUGCUUCGGCCUGGGCUCCUGGGUGGCUGUCAAUGGCCUGUGGGUGGAGCUCCCCCUCAUCGUUAACACUCUCCCCGAGGGCUGGGAACUACCAUCUUACCUGACUGUUAUCAUCCAGCUCGCCAACCUGGGGCCUCUGCUGGUCACUCUCAUGCACAAGCUGUGUCCGGGCCGUCUGAAGGAGAGAGCUGCCAUCUACAGUGUGUUGUCCAUAGGUGUCCUGGCCUGUAUACUUCUGGCGUUCUCCUGGGAUGAGACCACAGUGGUGGCGGCGGCAUCUCGGAGCACAGCCUUCUUUAUCCUCACCUUCUUCCUGGCCUUGGUGGACUGCACCUCCUCUGUCACCUUCCUGCCCUUCAUGAUGCAGCUACCAGCCCACUACAUCACCACCUACUUCAUUGGAGAAGGCCUGAGCGGCUUUAUCCCUGGUCUCGUGGCUCUCGGCCAGGGCGUCGGCAUGGCCAAGUGUGUGAAUGCCACUCAGUCCUCUGGUAACCUCACUGAAGAGGAUAUGUACAUUGUCCAGACCCAGUUUCUACCGCCCAACUUCUCCACCGAGGUGUUUUUCUUCUUCCUGGCGGCCAUGAUGUGCAUCAGCCUGGCAGCAUUCUCUGCACUAAACAGGCUCCCACGUACCUUUGAACUGUCCACGGAGAACUUGGUUCCAGACACUGACACAGUGGCGUCAGUCUGCUCCGGACUAGACAACCAUGGAGCAGUGACUGAAGGGGAGAACUCAAACCCAAAAUGCCACAGUGAGGAAUCAGGUCAGGCCAGGCCACAGCUGGCUAAAUCAGGCCACUCUGUUUUUCAGUUAACUUUUAUCUAUUUCAUGGUGGUCUGGGUGAAUGGGGCGACUAACGGCCUCUUGACCUCGGUGCAGACAUACUCCUGUAUGCCCUACGGUAACCUGGCAUAUCAUCUGUCGGCUGCUCUGGCAUCCUGUGCCAACCCAGUGGCCUGUAUAGUCGCCAUGUUUUUUCCUAAAAGGUCACUAGUGCUCCUGGGUGUACUGUGUCUCAUUGGAUCAGUCUUUGGAGGAUACAACAUGGCAAUGGCCACCAUGAGUCCAUGUCCACUACUACAAGGCUCCGCACUAGGAGAAGCCAUCAUAGUGCUGUCGUGGGUCUUCUUCACAGGGAUACUGUCUUAUGUCAAGGUGAUGGUGGGUGUCAUCUUCAGAGAUGAGAGCCACAGCGCCCUGGUGUGGUGUGGAGCAGCGGCACAGACAGGCUCUCUGCUGGGCUCUGCCAUCAUGUUCCCACUGGUAAAUGUCUACAACCUGUUUCAGUCAGGAGACUUCUGUAACACCAAGUGCCCUUUAUGAUGGUGACCUAUUCCUAAAACACUAACAUAACCACGGGUAAGUAGCCUUGUCCAUGCCAGAAUGGCCCAUCUCAUAGAACACUCCCAGGAAAGGACACUAGUACCUGCUCGUACUUAUACCAAAUGGGGUGUGUGAAUAAUGUGGGGAAUUUUUUAAUUUUACCUUUAUUUACAGGUAAAACAAAUUCUUAUUUUCAAUGACGGCCUAGGAACAGUGGGUUAACUGCCUGUUCAGGGGCAGAACGACAGAUUUGUACCUUGUCAGCUCGGGGAUUUGAACUUGCAACCUUCCGGUUACUAGUCCAACGCUCUAACCACUAGGUUACCCCGCCGCCCCAAACAAUGACUGGACAAGAUUAGAGAUUGGACUCUGAACAUGCCUUCAAGGGCACUCUCUUCUGAGAGUGAAAUCCACCUGGAUCAAUGGACUAAAAUAUAACAUUUCAAAAUGUUGCUCAAUUAAUAUUUGAAAAUGUUUUAUAAAGUGUGAUUCACAACCCACGCUCAAGGUUAGCAAUGAUUGUUUAAAAUGCCUGCCCUAGUAAGUGGGUCAAGCACCUUUGAAAUACUUUCUGUGAAUAGCCUCAAUCUUUUCAUCUUUAUCGUGUUGUAGACUUUUUUGUUGUUGUUGGACAAAAUCUUUAUUCAUUUUAAAAUGUUGUUGUUGGGGUAGGCUACAUGCACAAAUUCACAUAAUUUAAUAGUUAAGCUUAGACACACCUACUCAUUCAUGGGUUUUUCUUUAUUUUUACUAUUUUCUACAUUGUAGAAUAAUAGUGAAGACAUCAAAACUAUGAAAUAAGGAAUCCUGUAGUAACCAAAAAAAGGUUAAAUAAAAGUCAGAUUCUUCAAAGUAGCCACCCUUUGCCUUGAUGACAGGUUUGCAGACUCUUGGCGUUCUCUCAACCAGCUUCAUGAGGCAGUCACCUGGAAUACAUUUCAAUUAGCAGGUAUGCCUUGACAUACCCAAAUCAAACUACCGGUAGCUCAGGAUCUGAAGCAAGGAUAUGCAAAUUCUUGAAACCAUUUGAAAGGAAACACUUGACGUUUGUGGAAAUGUGAAAUGAAUGUAGGAGAAUAUAACACAUUAGAUUUGGUAAAAGAUCAUACAAAAAAAAACAUUUAUAUUUUUUUGUAACAUCAACUUUGAAAUGCAAGAGAAAGGCCAUAAGGCCAUAAAUUCCAGCCAAGGGGCAAUUUAGAUAAUUUCGCCACUAGAUGGCAGCAGUGUAUGUGAAGUUAGCUUGCAGGUGACCGGCCCACCACAAGGAGUCGCUAGAGUCAUCUGUCCUCGGUUGCAACACUCACUACCGAGUUCUAAAACUGCCUCUGGAAGCAAAGUCAGCACAAGAAGUGUUCGGGAGCUUCAUGAAAUGGCCGAGCAGCCCCACACAAGCCUAAGAUCAACAUGUGCAAUGGCAAGCGUCAGCUGGAGUUGUGCAAAGCUUGCUGCCAUAGGACUCUGGACUAGUGGGAACACGUUCUCUGGAUUGAUGAAUCGCGCUUCACCAUCUGGCAGUCUGACUGACAAAUCUGGGUUUGCCGGAUGCCAGGAGAACGCUAAAUGCGCCAAUGCAUAGUGUCAACUGUAAAGUUUGGUGGAGGAGGAAUAAUGGUCUGGGGCUGUUUUUCAUGGAUCGGGCCAGGCCCCUUAGUUCCAGUGAAGGGAAAUCUUAACGCUACAGCAUACAAUGACAUUCUAGACAAUUCUGUGUCCGACUUUAUGGCAACAGUUUGGGGAAGCCCUUUCCAGUUUCAGCAUGACAAUGCCCCUGUGCACAAAGUGAGGUCCAUACAGAAAUGAUUUGUCAAGAAGAACUUGACUGGCCUGCACAGAGCCUUGACCUCAACCCCAUCAAACACCUUUGGGAUGAAUUGGAACGCCGACUGCGAGACAGGCCCAAUAGCCCAACAUUAGUGCCCGACCACACUAAUGCUCUUGUGGCUGGAAGCAAGUCCCCGCAGCAAUGUUCCAACAUCUAGUGGAAAGCCUUCCCAGAACAGUGGAGGCUGUUAUAGGAGCAAAGGUGGGACCAACUCCUUAUUAAUUAUAUAUUGUUUAUUUGUAUGUUUGGCUUUAGCUGAGAAUAGUCUUUACAGAGUCAAGUAUAUUUUUCAAGGCCUCAAUUGUUCUUUGUCACGCACCAUUCAUUCUCACUGUUGAUAAUUCUAAUGUUGUAACUUAAUAGUAAUAAUAGUAACUGUAUCCACUGGCGAAUUGGGAGAGAGUGAGGUGACUGCCAUAUAAGAGCCAACAUCUUUUUUUCCGGCAGUGCUGCCUGCCAGCAGUAAUUGUCUCUGAUUUAUUGAGUCAUUAAGUAACAUAGUAGAUGCAAAACAUUGAAUAUUUACAUUCAUCCACUUUGAAAUGGAGUAACUUUGACCCAGAAGCAUUUAAAUGCAGGGCAAUCACACAUCCUAUUAUGAAUGUGCCUACCUGAUUUAGGGGACACAGUGAACAGUCGGGGCAAAUUUCAUCUUAAAACGUUUCGUUGGUGUUAAACACAAUCUGUUUACAAACUUCAAUGUAUAAGGUGAUGGUUCAGAUUAUGGGAUGCCAAAGUCAUAUUUUUCAUAUUCUGUUCGAGUUAAAGGGUUGUUAAUAGUCACUUAGAUCUGUGGACCAUAAUUAUUUUAAUGGCUAGCUCAGAAUAUGAGCUUUCAAAAAGUUGUUUAUAUAGUAUAGAGAUCAGCCCCUUUGGGAGUCCAGGUUCAGGAGUUGGGUCUCCCAAGGGACUCCAUAGACCAGCAUAGUUGACCUAAGUUGUACAUAUAGAGAAAAAGGAGUUGCCUGUAAUGUGCCUGUUCUCAAACCAUUACUGUCCUUGAUAACGGCAAGGAUACAGAUUCCACAUUUGGACUAUUGGGGGGAAUGCAAAAGGCUGCCCUCAAAGAUCGCAAGGCGUUAUAGUGAAAUAAGUAAGGGCAUGCCAUUUUGAUUCUCAGUUACAUUGUUUUUAAAUGUUGUGCCAAAUAGAGUUUGCUUAAGCAAUAAUGACACCAAACCGUAGUUUACAUUGUUUAACGGAUAUAUUGGUUAAGACCAACACUUCCAUGGCAAUAUAUUUCUCUAUAUACACAGCCAGGGGGCAGAAGAAUCAUGUCUAAACCAAUUUAGGAUGGGUGACUUUUUUCAUACAUGUAUGGUUAUUUUAAACCAAGUUAAAUAUGUGGAAUAAGCAGAAUCCAGAUUCACUCAAAAUUAAGUCAAUUAAGUAAAUAACGCCUUAUUAAAUCAAUUAUUAAACAGACACAAGACUGUUUAUCACAGAUGAUGUCACCUUGUAUUGCUACGAGUGAACCCACUGGGCUCUUUGCUGUGUGUAAAUGUUUCCCAUUGCAACUCAUGAUGGCAUCACUACACCGUGCCAGAGAAAAGUGCCUACAAUUCUUUGCAUUCCUCUGGCACCCCAGCAGAUUCUCUGAACACAAAGUACAUUUAAUUACACUUUGUCCAUUUAACACUGCUUCUAUAACGGCUUUAAUACCUCUAUGUUUUUGUGUGUCUGUGAAAGUUUUCAAGAGCUUUCCGUGUAAGAUCAUCAUGUGACUUGCACUGUUGAUUGUUUUUGUAAAUACAAUACAGAUCACACAAUGUCAUGUGUCAAUAUUGUCAAUGUCAUGUGUUCACUCACAUACAAUGUGGCUUCGAGACAUACUGUGGCUAGCAUGUAUGUCUGAGAAUUCGAUUACUGCAGAUUACAGCACCUUCUCUCAGGAGGAUGCUGCUCUUCCAUGGGACGCGUGACGUCCCCAUCAGCAGCUGUUGUUCCUUCAGUCUCUAUCCCUCUAUCCCCUUCCCCUCAGACGAGUGGAGGACCACCAAUAGGUCCCCCCAGCAGCCCCAGGUCUGAGGAGAAGCCCAGGGUGGGGGUUACUAAUGAAGGGAGGUCAGAGUAGAGUGGCUGUUGGCCCUGUCGCUGGUCACUUGGGAGCUCCGCUGACCCCGGCACUGAGUAAAAACAAAAAAGAAAGAGGGCAAUGAUUAUCCCCACCCUGCCUCUGGGUCAGCUGGGGAUCAGGCUAAGAGCAGAUGUGACUUUCUCUCUUGGAUUUGAGGAAAGGAAACCGCCUUUUCCUGAAAUCACUGCAGUGGUUUACUCACAUUGUUGACAAUGAAUAAGCCUGAGCUAUUUUAUCAUUAGUGGAUUAUAUAA